UAUCCUUCACGAUUGCUCAAACUCAAACACGAUUUCUCUCAGGACUGUUCGAUUUGGCUCACUCUACCUGGGUUGUUAGUUGGAUCAUCAUUUGGAAAAUAUGCAAAUUCAAAGCCUUCAUGCCAGUUCAACCUGGUUGCAACUCAAUGCCUCUGGUAGGGUUCUGACCUCUUCAAUUUGCAUAACAGCCAGAAAGGAGAAAUUUGUGACGGCACCUUCGUGGAGCUCAAGACCUCAUCAAUUAUCAAUCAAGUGCAGUGUGAAGUUCCGCCCUUGCAUUGAUAUACACAAGGGGAAAGUAAAGCAGAUUGUUGGAUCUACCCUUACGGACUUAAAGGAAAGCGGUUCAACUCUAGUAACAAAUUUUGAAUCUGAUAAAUCAGCUGCAGAGUAUGCCACACUUUACAAAGAAGAUGAACUUAUAGGCGGUCAUGUAAUAAUGCUUGGAGCUGAUCCUUUGAGCAAUGAAUCAGCCAUUGGAGCACUACAUGCUUAUCCUGGUGGUUUGCAAGUAGGAGGUGGUAUUAAUUCAGACAAUGCUUUGAGUUACAUAAAGGAAGGAGCUAGCCAUGUCAUCAUCACAUCGUAUGUAUUCAACAACGGACAGAUGGACAUCGAGAGGCUUAAAGGACUUGUUCACCUUGUUGGCAAAAAGAGACUUGUCUUGGAUCUUAGUUGCAGGAAGAAGGAUGGUAAGUAUGCCAUUGUCACAGAUAGAUGGCAGAAGUUUAGUGAUGUCUUUCUGGACGAGGAGAUACUGAAUUUUUUUUCGACCUAUGCUGAUGAGUUUCUUGUCCAUGGUGUUGAUGUCGAAGGGAAAAAACUGGGCAUUGAUGAAGAGCUUGUAGCACUGCUUGGCAGGCACUCACCGAUUCCUGUUACGUAUGCUGGUGGUGUGACGGUAAUGGAGGACCUGGAGAGGAUAAAAAUUGCGGGAAUGGAACAUGUGGAUGUGACGGUGGGUAGUGCUUUGGACAUCUUUGGCGGUAAUUUGGCUUAUAAAGAUGUUGUAGCCUGGCACUGCCAGCAAGAGGCCGUGGCGGCUUAGUUGUUUUUAAAAUCAGACGGAAAAUGAUGGUCUGAACCAUGACUUUUUAUUACCUUGGGUGUAGAAGUAGGUAUCGUUCGAGCUAAGUACCCGAUGAGACCUAUAGUCCGGUUUCUGUGGUUUAUUAAGAACAUGAUGCUUUCCCGUUACAAAUAUUUGUCAAAAAAUGCAGCAAAUGUAUUCAUUUUGA